AUGACUGAGGAGCCGAGGCCGGAGGCGAUUGAGGUGAACGAUGCGGAUCCACAUAACCUUGCUAUUGGGCAGGAAAUGGAGGAGCGGGCUAAUCCCAACCCCAGGGCGAGUGAGAAUGUGGAACUGCCUCGUCGUAACCCUAGGGGAUUUCCCAUCCCAUGUUCCCCAAAAUUGCAACUCGACAUGAACAUGCAGUGGAGAGUCAAAGGGAAAGAGAUGCAGGGUGCUGGCCAUGCUCCCCGUGAUUCCAAAAGCUCUCGUAAACCUGGAGUGAUGGGACGGACAGGAGACUGCCAUGAGGAGGGAAAACGGAAACCAUAG